AUGGCUGCAUCAGUUCCUCAAGAAGAACUUCCAAUACUCGAGACCGUCAUCAAUAUCCGGAACAGGCUCACAGUUUUGAAGAAGGAUAGAGGCGAGUUUAUCAAGGCUCAAGAUGUCAACUCCCUAUACCAGGCCGUCGUGAAGCAGGUCACAAAACUCAACGACGUCCGAGAUGACAAUACAACGUAUAACAACAGGCUCGACACCACUCUCGCAGACGUAUUCAGCCUCCUUUCCCUCUUCUACCUUACCAUCGGCAAGACUAAGGACACCCCAGCAACCUACUGCCAAAUCGCGUCCAUGAGGCAAAUCCUCAACCACAUGAACGAAUCCACCGUAUACAACGAAACCGACCUCGCGCCAUUUCAUAAACGGCUAAAUGAACUUCGGCAAAUACUCCAACAAGAUUCUGAGAGCGGGAAGCAUCCAAAGGCCCUCGUGAAACUCCUAAUGCGGCAGCUGAACGAAUGCGAUGCCAUCGUGACGCAACUACAAGAUUCCCUUUCGAUCCUGUCACCGGAACUCGUACCCGUGCAUCAAAGGCUGGUCACCAUCCGCCGGCAGCUGGUCGCCCUCGCGGCAAAGGAAGGCUCACACAAGGCUGAACUCAAACCGCUCCAAGAGGAACUCCGAAAGAUUGAUUCAGCGCGCGUUGACGGGAAAUUCCUCGGCCCGGGAGGCAUCGUGCCAGCAUCGCAGGCAAUUUGUAUCUCACUUUUGGAAGAAAGCUUUGAGAUCGCGCAGGAAAUCAAAGCCCACGAAGAUUCAAAGAACGUCGGGUCAUCGCUAAAGCCCAUAUACGACCGCCUCAGCGAUAUUCGAGCAGAGCUGGAAAGCUUGGUCCUAACGCAUCGAUGGACAUUAAGGGAGACUGAUUUAUGGAACUACUCUCUGAGCCUCCAAGAGAUCGAUAAAAUGAGAGUGGAUGGAAAGUUCAUCGAUUCUGAAGGGAAUCGACCUCCGGGGCAAUACGUACUUCUCUACUUGCUCAGGAGAUGUUACGGCCUCAUAUACAGGCUAUUGUCAUCUAGUGAGCCAGUCUCGGAAGAGCUGAUGCCCAUCGCCAACAAAUUGUCAACGGUGAAGAAAUGUCUCAACGAAGUCUUGAAGUAUGGUGGACCCUUCAACGCCAGAGAUCUAUAUCCUUACCAACUCGCCCUCUUUCAAAUCGAUUCGCUGAGGAAGGACGGCCGUUUCAUUGGGCUGGAUGGUACUGUCCCUGAAGGUCAGGGUAUCGUCAUGGCUCAUCUAAACGAAUGCCAUGAGCUGGUUGAAAUGCUGAAGGAGUCUAUGGACGAAGAGGAGACAGAGGAAGAAGAUUAUGAAGAUGAAGACGAUGCGUCCGAUCUGGAUGACGGUGAUGAUUAA